GACACAACACAUAAACAAAGACUUUUUAGAAGAUAUUAAUCAGAGUAAGCCUUGCCUAAUUGGCGUUGAAACGAUGAUGUAAAUAUUCUGCUGUUUUGUGAUUUUACGAAAAUAUUGGGAAAGAGAUAUUUUCAGAAUUGAAGAUUGGAUUGGAUAACCUUCAACGAUAUUUCCGCGGUUUCAAAUUCAAGAAUCAACAUACUGACGACUGAGGUUGAAUGGUGUGAAGGAGAGACCCCCCAGAAAUGGCGUACUGGGACGGUGGUUCUGGGACCCAUGAUGGGAGACGGGUUCCUCCCACCUCUGAUGUCAGGCAGAUUCCGUCCCCCAACUCAGAACAGGUGACCCCAGACACUGAGGAAAAUGUGAUCGAUGAGGCCGAGGAUGUGAUCAGGAAUUUUAUUUAUGAGAGUUACCGGCAUCAGUUAGAGGAAGAUACACCUGACGCGUCCACACCGACAGUCCCGGAGCUGUGUAAUUUCACAUCGGAUCCAGUCAGUCGAGCCUCCCAAGUUGGUAGACAGUUGGCCAGAAUAGGUGACGAUAUCAACAGGAGAUAUGCAGAUGAUUUCAAAGACAUGAUCUCUCAGCUUAAUGUGACUGAGGAAACAGCCUAUGAUGUGUUUGCUGGAGUGGCCAAAAAGUUGUUUGCCGAUGAAAUCAACUGGGGACGUGUUGCAGCUCUCAUGUGCCUAGCUUACCGUAUCACCAUGACAGUUGUCAAAGAACGAGCCAAAAAGUUCGCACAAUUCCUGAAGAUUAUUGUCAGUCAUGUGGUUAGAUUUAUCAAGGAGAAAAUUGCUGGAUGGAUUGCUCAACAGGGUGGAUGGAGUGCGGCUCUCCAGUACUCCCCCUCCCCAAGUUUUACCACCCUCUCUAUCGUCGUAGGAUCCUGUAUGGUUGCCAUAGCAGCAGUAUUUUACUUCAGCAAGAAGAGUUGAAGCCCAGGGAUUACAGAAAUCCAUAAAACAUGUACAUUAACCAUGUACAGUGCUGGUUCUUAAGUAUUGACAAACUGAUCUGCGAUCAUAUAGUUCAGGAAUGUGUCCCUUUGUAUGAGCUGAACAUCAAAUGUGUGCUGAAAGAAUUCAUUUUGAAGUGAAUUUCUCCAGCUUGUGUGAGGAUAAUCACCAAGAAAAAUAAUGAGGUCUGAAUAGUGUAGCUAUUUAUAUAAUUUCUCUAUUCCCUUUUUCUGAAAUCAGAAUUGAAGUUUGGCAGGGAGAAUCCAUCUUUAUUUUUCUCUUACUUUCCAUAUUGAUAUCAAGUCACCUAGAAGCAGCUCAUUCCCAAGCCCUGAUCUCAACACCGAGGACGUCAGUGUGUAACACUGCUCUAGAUCCUUGUGUGUCAAAUCUGCUCAGAUUGUAGAUAGAAUAUGCAAUGAAUUACACCCUAGCAGGAGACUUUUGUAUAGGGCAUCCAUGGUGCAGUAGAUUCUAGAAGCAAUGUAUUUAUUAGUACUUAGUUUUAGAAUAAAUUAUUCAAUUAUUUCAACUCUAACUUUAGUUAACAAUAAAAUUUUUCAGUUGCUUGACAUCCUGUUUCAUAACUUAUUGCUGAAAAUUCUUUGCAAGCUUAAGACCUUAUUAAUUCCUGUAUAAAAGACUUCUACUUAAAGUUAAUUCUGUGUGUAUAAAAUGAGGCAGUGUUUGGUUUGAUAUGUUUUCCAUUUGAUAUCUGUAAAUAUUCCACCUUUGCUUUCCUUCAAUCAAUCACAUGAUCUUGGAGUUUUAAAUGUGGCCUGAUUUAGUACUGGUGAUAAUGCAUGUUUGACAACACUAAAACUUUUUUGUACCAUUCUACAAUUAGUAAUUAACACUAAUUAAAAUUACUUUGUCCUGUAAAAAUCAAAUACUGUAUGGAUUGUAUAUUUAUAUAGUUGUAAACAAAAAAAAAAGGUUUUUUAAAAACAGAUUAUGUUUUGAAUUUACCUUUAAAGUAGAAUAAAAUGUGUUUUGUAUCAAUUACUGUAAAUAAUGUCAUGAACAUCAGUUGUUGACAAUGAAUCUACUUACCUUCUCAUGCUCAUUGUUUGUUUCAGUAUCAAACAUCUAUCAAUAUUCUGAUCACUACAAAGUGUGCCAAUUCAUUACUUGAUCUUCACAUAAUGUACAAUUCAUGCAAAGUUGUCAUACUAUAAAAAAAGAGUUUUUUGUAAUGUAGUUGGUCACAUGUGUUUGAAUUAUGCCACAUGUAUUUUUAGUUUACAUUUUUUUUUCCUUAUUCCUGUUUUUUUUUUUUUCAAGUUUGAGGUGUACAUGGAUUUGUAAUGCAUGAGUAUGUUUUAAAUGAAAUUAGAGUACACUGUACUUCAUUGCUGAACAAAUCUGGGAGAUAAUUAGUAAUACAUGUAUAUGGUAAUGAUUAUAUAUGGCUUUGUACUUAGUGCCUAAUAUAUUUGUCUUCAUUAACUUAUACCUCUAAGGUCAAACAAUUCAAACUAAAUGGAUUAGUCACAAAAUGAAUUAAAAAUUGAGAUACUUAUAAUGAUCACUGAAUAUGAAAUUAAUUUAUCAGAUAACAUAUUCAUAGAGUAUCUGUAAAAUGGGCCAGUUCCAGUCAAAUUAUAUUUUCCAAACUGGUCCUCUAAAACUAUGAAAUUAUAGAUGAUAGAUUUUAUUUUUCCCAGUGUGCACUAGUCAAAGGGGCUAUUUUAAGAAAUAGGGAAGUGUUCAAUUAGACCAAAGUUUAGAGACAGGAUUUCUCCUUUUCUGUUACAUGUAUUUAUUCCAGCCUUGUUUGUUAUGAUCACUUUUAAUUUCAUCUUUGAGAUUCUUUUUAUACAAGUCAUUUCAUUGUUUUAGCAGAUUGCUAAUUGAACCCUGUGAUCUGAUGAGUCCCAGUAUCCUUUUACUCAGGCUCCACAGACACUUUAUUCUUGUUUGUUCUUCAUUUGACUUUUUCAGAUAAUUAUAUUUGAUGACAAGAAGUCAUAAUAAAUCUAUCAAUAUUCAAAUUA